AGCAGUUCCGUAGCUUCAGGGUCUCCUGGCGGACCAACACGCCCUACCCGAUCCGGCCUGCGAAGCAGACAGAUAUCCGAGUACUCCACGUCUGAACGAGUCUCGAGUGACUCGCGUACAACACGCGACUCCAGAGAGGCAUACGAAGGCCGACCCGCCGGACUACCGGAUGGCCCACAGCCCACUCGAUCGCGUAUUAUCACACAGAAUGGUUCAGAACAGCAGGCAAAUGGCAGAGUAGGCGCAGCAGGAAUCUCGCCUCCUCAAGUUUCCCCCACUUCCAUGGCCGCGGUGGCAGCAUUCCAAAGCUUCGGACGCCGGAGAGGAAUGUCGAACGAUGAUGGGCCGGAUGAGUACGAAGAGCAGAGGAGGAAAGAGAAGGAGGAGCAGAGGGCUCGCCAGAUGAGGAUCAAGGAGAAAGUACCUGGAAGACGAACGACCGGCAAGGCGAAGGCUGGAGAUAUCGACGCCGUAUUGGACGAGAUCAAGGAUGAAUGGACAGUAGUAACUGACCCCGAUUUCAAUCCAGUGGACCUGGCCCUUCAGCUCUUGGACGACUCUUCGCUCGGUAAAGACAUGGACUCGUUCCGAAGGACGAAAGACAUGCUCUCACGCGCCAUGAAGGGGUCCGUCGACAAGCACUAUCAAGCAUUCAACGCCGCCCUUCCCCACCAUUCGUCCUUGCUAAACCAUCUUGAUGCUACACAGUCUCAGAUUAAGGACGCCCGCAAUGCCCUCCAAGAGGCCAAAGAGACGUUAGGCAGCAAGCGCGCGGAUCUCGUCCAACUGUGGUCUCGCAAUCAGACGGUCGAGGAGAUGAUGCGAAUACUGGACCAGAUUGAACACUUGAGAUCGGUUCCGGACGCUCUGGAGAGCCUCAUCUUGGAGAAGCGUCUGUUACAAGCAGCAGCUCUCCUUGUACGAAGUCUCAAAUUAAUCAAUAAACCCGACAUGCUCGAGAUUGGAGCGAUCUCAGACCUCAGAAGCUACCUAGUCGGCCAGGAGACAACCCUACGAGAUAUUCUCGUCGACGAGCUACACAGUCAUCUCUAUCUCAAGUCAUUCUGGUGCGAGUCUCGUUGGACCGUAUACAACCCUAAUCAACAAAACUUCAUGGCGCAAACCAGUCUCGAAGAGGGAGAAGGCUCCAAUGACACGGAUCGCCCUCUCUCCGUGUCUUCACCAGUUUCACCUACGGCGCCCCGCGCAACACGAGUGGCGAAAUUCCUCGAUGAUCUUGCCCUGCGCCCGAAUGACCCGCCUUUCAAUGUCAACGACUCAAAUUACCGCCAUAGCCUCUCUGCUGGACUGACUGCUAGUACAUCUGCCUACGGGUUCUCCUCCUCUGUGUCGACCAAUGCGCUAUCGGCCUUUGCUUCAGCUUCAAACGCCCAACCCCGCAAUCCGGAAGCUGACUCCUUCGCAUACAUCGAGAUGCUCCUCGAGUCUCUCGCUGCACUGGGGAAGCUGGGUACUGGCCUGGACAUCGUCGCACAGAAACUACCAGGAGAGGUAUUCUCCCUCAUCGAGAACACUAUCGAAGAGGUAUCGGAACGCGCGGAGUACGGCCGUCGCGGGUCGAUGAUCGGCAUGAUGGACCCAGGGUCAACAGGAGGGCGGCCAAUGGAUCUCUCGAUGCUCACUGGCCCUAUCAUCACGUCGAACGCGCUAGGUAUCGCCGGUGUGGCCGUUUCCGUGGCUCUUCACGGAUCGACCGUGAACGCCCGCCGUACAAUCACGGAUGCGACCAACUUACGGUUGAUUGCCUUGGAAUCCUCGACGAAGGUCAUCGAUCAAGAUAUUCUCAAGGAUUUCUUCUGGACGUUGUAUUCGAAGCUCAUCGCAGUCAGCGAAGGACUUCGGGUCGUUUACGAGGUCGCGAACCGGAUUGGUUCAAGGAGAGAUUACAAGGAUUCCUCCGGUACCAAGCCAGGUGCUCUGUUCCCGUUGGAAGACGUUUGGGCGCCAAUACAAGCAGAGGUACGGACAUUGCUCAGUGACUACAUCACCGAUGAAGAGCAAGGGGCGAUAUCUGGGCGCAACCCAAUCUCGUCAAUCAACGAGGUCCUCCGAGAUGGCCGUUUCACUCGGGAUAAGGGCAAACCUAUUUUCCGGUUCGCAGAUACGGACGCCAAGUUUGCGACGAAGGCACUGCGACAACACGAAGAAGAGCUCACGCGCGUCCUCAAGGACACUGUGCCGGGGCUUGUCCAGGGUUCUGAGAAUGCCCUACAGGCGACUCUAGCCGCAGUUGGUACGGACGAUCGGCUGAUGGGCACCGGCCAACACCAUAGGGUAUUGGUGCAUCCGAACGCGUUCCACGUCAGUGUACUGUUCCAACCGACCCUUGCAUUCCUCGAUCGCAUUUCGGACGUCCUUCCCGCUGGACUCGAGACCGCCCGUGCAUCCAGUGCGGUGCUGGACGAGUUUGUCCUCAAGGUGUACUUGCCACAGCUAGAGGACAAGGUAUCUGCACUAUUCCACCAAACUGUCACAAGUCCGGACGCAUUCGAGCCUGAUUCAGCGUCAUUGACACUGUCGCCAAAACCACUGGUGAAAGCGAGCGUGCAGCUAAUGGCGUUGAUCAAUUCUCUCUGUGUCAUGCUGCGGACGACUCCCUUCCAUCGCGAGAACUACUCCCGGCUGAUUUUGACGGUCAUCGGGAAGUUCUAUCAGCGCUGCAGCGACAGGUUCUACGACCUCGUUGCCGUCAAGGGAGGCAGCUCACCAGAAGACGAUUCUCGUAUCGCUUUGGCCGCUCAAUGGGCGCAGAAGCCAGAGCUGGGGCCUUGCCUGUCCGAGCUACUGAAGUUGUUGUCUGGUGAUACUUCGGCGGCGACCAAGCAGCAGGUAUGUCGACAAGAGACGCAUCUUGAAAACAGCCUGCUAGGUGAAGGUGCAGUUGGCAAGCACGACCUCAUUCCUUCUAUUCGCAACGUCUCCGCCCUCGCAAGCUUGUACCACAGUGUUACUUGGUUUGCUGCACAGCUCGAAGUGUUGAAGGGCACCGAUGAUGCGACGUCGCUCACCAGCCCACUCCGACUCGAGCCUUCCAGUGCACUGUCUCCCACAUCACCAUACCUCCCCAUCGUCACUCCCGUACAUCCGGACGAACAGCUCAAACUCCCGCUGUCGUCUGCGAUGGCUCUACGCUUCCAAGCGCUGCACAUGACAUACGUACAGCUGGCGGAACUCAUCCUCUACACCAUCCGCAUCGACGUCAGGUGUCGAGUCAUCCACCAUCUCGACCUUGCGCUGAGACACGGCAUCUAUCGCAUCGAACGAGAGGCGGCCGAGCCGGACCCUCAUAUCAUCGACCUCAACACGGAGAUCGGCAACUCCGAUGCGUCUCUCACGUCGUCAUUACCUGAGGUUCAGCGCAAAUUCGUGUUCGAAGGCAUGGGCCACCUCAUGCAACAUCUCGUGAUCUCGAACGCACGGUUCAUUCAGUCGGCGAACGCGUUAGGGAUCAAGAAGAUGAUGCGGAACAUGCUUGCGCUGCAGCAAAACAUCAAAACGAUCACGGAUGACAGCAACAGUACCGACUUCGAGCGCGCAAAGCGGUACUACUCGCUGUUUUUGCUGUCACCUCCUGACAUGCUCGACACAGUCCGGCAGAAGCAAGAGUUCACAUUCGACGAGUAUAAGGCGAUCCUCGACCUCCAGUGCGGCGUGCAGCCGAAUCUCAAGAACAACGGCGCGCAAGCCGCGGAUCGGAACUACAACAUGUACCUCAUCGAGCUGCACGGGUUGGAGCUGGAGAACUCGGCGGACGGGAGCUAGCGGGUGCAACGACGGACGUUCUGCGAUUACGUUUGGAAGUAUUUAUACUCUUGUUCCUCCAUACCCUGUUGGAUACUGGCAUCACCACUGUACUCAUCCGCCCAUAUCUCAUUUCUUCUUGCUCGGUGCCACCUCCUCCGCGCGCUCGAUCCACGCCAGCUCGGCCUCCCCCGCCAUGCGAUGCGCCGGCGCCGUCCUCCGCGCUGCAUUCGGCGAGAGCGUCGCCUGGAAUUUGCCCGGCUGCGUGCCGGAUGGUGUCAUCCUCGGUGGCUGGUACACCAGCACCGGGGUGCGCGCGAGCAGCUGCUGGUACCGCCGCCGCAAGAACCUAGCCGGGAGGUGCGAGUCGAAGGCUGGAGCAGGUUCCUCCGCCGCGCCCUCUGGCGAAGCACGAUUCGCCGACUGGCGCACCUUGCUCGGCGGAGAAGCGAGGGCUUCGAUCUCCUCGAAUACUCCGGAGCCCUGCAGCCCGACGGGUCGGACCCCGGCGUGCGCCAGCGCGGCCACAUCGGUCUGACGCGGGACAGUGCCCCCACCUGACGCGGGUGCCUCUUGGAUAGCGACUUGCAAGGGGAACAGGGUCCGCAGCAAUUCCUCCUGGAAGAACCGCCAGCGGAGGUUGACCUCCCUGCGCUUGCUGAAGGGACCGAGGGCGAUGGCCUCGGGCGACUCGGGGUUCGCGCGUGGGGGAAGGUUCGGCGGAUGGGCCAGCGCCGCCGCAUCGAGCGGUCUGGUCUUGCGCGACACGUCUGACGCGAGGAGCGCCCUCAUCUCUCUCGAGUAGAAGGGCGGACGUGAGGACUCGACCGCGGGGAUGAUGCGGGGUGGCGGCGGGACGCCAGGCUCGGAGCGGAGGGGAUCUAAGAUCUCCCAUCUCAGAGGGCCUCGUCUGCCAUAGGCUGUGUCGAGAAUGUACUCGAAUGAUUUAGCAAUGCCCGUGUUUGCGCUCUGCAAUUUCCGCAGGUCCUUCCGAACACGACUUAUCUUUGUCGGACGCAGAUGCUCACGCUUCGUGUCGAGGAUAGCGCGAACAUCGUCCCCGACUCUGAGCCGGAAGAACUGGCGAAGAUAUUCAGUGGGGAGCCUUCUGAUCUGCCGCAGGCAUGACCGGUAGAGCGAGAAUAUCGAUCUCACGUCGCCAUUCAUGCGAUCUACGCUCUGUCGACUCUCG